GUUGACUGUAAGAUGAGAGAUGUGACACUAUCUCUGUCAGGCAGGUCCCCUGAAUUAAAAGUAUAUCACGUGGAUGGUACGGAGAUGAUGUUGACGCUACUUGUAAAAACUGAGAAUGUAUAUAUAGCCAAACUUACCUCUGUGGCACCGGGAGACUAUAUCGCAAAGGUGAGCGUAAUGCCUGGAGAUGCAGAUCUUAUGAUAAAAGGAGCGUGUUCGACUUCAAUUCGACAUGGAUUUUCACCGUUUCUACCAACAUCAAUGAAAGAUACCAUUUUAAACCCUUCUUUGGGAGAUAAAAGCCUUCUAGCAAUCGAACUCCUAAACGAAGAUAAUUUGAGUGACGUAAAUCUAUUGGGUGUGCAAAUAUAUGAUAUUACUGGAAAUCCUGUGAUGAAUUUAACACUUAAUAUCGUUAACGCAAAAGAAAAAUUGUAUGUUUCCGAUGAAUUUAUACCUCCAGAUAAACCAUUUAGGAUUGCUAUUAUAGGUGCUGCUGAGGAUUGUGCAAAAAAAGAGGUUAUACGAGUUACUAAUCCAACUAUCGAACCCAUGCCCAAGGGUUUUGCCGUUUUUAAUCAGGCCCCCACCAUACAGAAGCUGGAAAUAUUAACAUCUGAUAAAGAUAAAGUUGCAAUACUAUGUAAAGCGGGAGGUUAUCCCAAACCAGAAAUAAUAUGGAAGGAUAAGAAUGGUGUUACUUUUAGCAACGCUACAAUUGCCGACGAUGACUUGAGUAGGCCAGAAAUAUCUAGUACGCUUACAAUCAUUGAUCCGGAGGACAAUCUAUUUACAUGCAUGGCCACCAAUGCCCACGGCUCCGAUUCUGAUUUUGUCCCCAUAAAAUUACCAAAGGAACCGGUGAUUGAUAAAUCAGUAAAAAAAAUAAACAAAAAUAAAGGCGAAGAAGUUGAUAUAUUUUGCAGCCUAAAACAAGGGAAUCCUAAGCCAGAAAUUUCUUGGUAUUUUAUGGGAGAAGCUGAAAAUGAAUACGUAAAAUUAAAUGAAACAAGCGAAUCUUUGCACAUAUCUAGUUUGGGUAUUGACAAUUCUGGCUCCUAUCAUUGUAAGGCGAACAAUUCUGAAGGCAGUGAUUCUUACACGAUGGAUCUUUUUGUACCAGAUGUCAGGGAUAAAACAGUAAACGCAAACGCCGGUGAGUUGAUAACAUUGGAUUGUGCUUCUGGUGGUAUUAGUCAACCUGCCGUGCAUUGGUUUAUUAAUUAUCGUGAAGUUUUCAAUGGUGGAAGAUAUAUUAUUCAUAAUAACCAUUCUUUAAGUUUCAAAACAAACGACUUUGACAGCGGACGAUAUGAAUGUGUCUCAAUUAACCGGAACCAACGAAAAAGAAAGAUAAUAUUUGAAGUUGAGAUUAAUCCGGAUUUUGGAUUUAGGGUCACCAGGAUCUAAAAAGACCGGAACGUUAUAACGGAUAAUUCGUUGAAACUGUGUAAACGCAGUAUUAAAGAGUUUGUGGGGAUCAUGCCACAAGCGUGU